AGCACUUGCUUCGUUUACAAACUCUGCUUUGAACCUCACGUUCCUUAAGCUUCUCAAAAGUUCUUUUAACGUCUCCUCUAAGGUAAAAUAGUUUCUGCUUUUAUUUAGUUUCUUCAUCUUCUUCCUCUGCUGCAACAUCUCCACGUCUAUAUUGAAGAAAUAAAGAUGAAAUAUUCUCCAAGAUCGGACGGCAGAAAAUUCAUCAUCCCUUCUUUCUUAUUCAUCGUGGCUCUCUGUGUAUUAGCUUUCAUCAACGAAGUUAGAUUCGACAGUUUCUUGAGUUUCGGACGAUGUGCUUUGUCGAAUGUUCCGAGGAACAGCAGUUCAUUGGAGACACCGUUGUUGUCUUCUUCUUCAGAUGAUGAUGAGAUUAGGAUACUUAUUGGGAUUCUUACACUUCCCGAUCAGUACCCACGUCGGCAUUUUCUCCGGAUGAUCUACGGCACGCAGGAUGUUCCCGCCGGCGUUAAGAUCGACGUGAAGUUUGUGUUCUGUAACUUGACUAAAGAAGACCAGAAAGUGCUUGUCGCUUUGGAGAUCAUGCGUUAUGAUGACAUCAUUAUACUCAAUUGCAACGAGAAUAUGAAUAAAGGCAAGACCUACACAUACUUCUCAAGCUUACCAGACUUAUUCAACGAAACCGAUGCACCAAACCCACCAUACCACUACGUAAUGAAAGCCGAUGAUGACACGUAUAUAAGACAAGAAAGCCUCGUAGCAUCUUUAAGACCAUUACCUCGAGAAGAUCUCUACUACGGCUAUGUCAUUCCAUGUCCAAGCAUGGACCCGUUCGUACAUUACAUGUCAGGAAUGGGCUACUUAGUCUCGUGGGACAUCGCAGUUUGGCUCAAAGACUCUGAAAUUCCCAAGAAACAUCUAGAAGGUCCUGAAGACAAAGUGUUUGGCGACUGGAUUCGAGAAGGAAGACGAGGGAAGAACCGGUUUAAUGCUAAAUGGUCCAUGUAUAAUUUCCCCGAGCCACCGACUAGAUGCACACAUGAGCUAUGGCCUGAUACUAUUGCGGUUCAUUUGUUGAAGAACCAAGAGAAGUGGAUACGGACAUUGAACUAUUUCAAUGUUACUAGCAAUCUUAAGCCUUCUAAAUUAUACCACAUACCGUAGAUAGAUCCAUCUGA